AUGAUUAAUAAUCAAACUAAAAUCAAUGGUUUUAUACUUAGUUCGGUUUCUCUUGGCUUUAAUACAUUUGCAUGUUUGAUAUCAUGUAUAGUUUUUCUUAUUAUUGUAUACCAUCUUUAUUAUAAUCAUGUUAAACGUGAAGACAAAAUAACUGUUGUUCUUUGUAGUCAUAUAUAUUUAACAAUUUUAAUAUAUGCACCACUGUUAUCAUCAAUGAAUAUUCGAUCAAUACUUGGUGAUUUGUAUAACCAAUCUUUCGAUUCAUCGUGGUGUAUUUUUUCAGGAUAUUUAUCACUUGUAAUGACUUUUAUGUUAUACAUGACUUUUGUAAAUCAGGCAUUCUAUCGUCUUAUUCGAGUUGUUUAUUCUCAAAAUAGACGGCUUCAGUCUUUAAAAUUAUAUAUAAUUUUACCUAUUAUAGAAAUAAUAAUAAUAACACCUAUUCUUCUCUGUGUUCUUCUACCUUUGAAUGGUGUAACAUAUUUACCAAACGAUUACUUUUGUAAUCCAACAUUUACAAAUAUUCCUGGUAUUCUUUCGACAGCCGUUAUUGUUUAUAUAUGUCCAUUUUGUUGUAUAUUAUUUAUUUAUAUACGUAUAACAAGAUUUAUUCAUCAACAAGGAAAUAUUCAAAUAUUAGUAAUAAAACAAAGACAAUCUCGAGAUUUACUUAUUAUUCGACGUAUACUAAUUAUUGUUAAUUUAUUACUUAUUCUGGGAAUACCUGGAAUGGUUUUUAUAUUUAUGUUUAUUAUAACAGGUGAAGAGAAUCCAUUACUUGCUCGAAUUGCAUCGUUUCCUGUUAGCGUAUCUGAAGCAGGAUUAAGUGUAGCAUUACUUUUUUCUAUACCACAACUGAAAAAUAUUGUUCUAAACUUACGAAUAAUAAAAACAGUGACGCCUGUCAAUCAAAUCGUGCGAGGCACAGUACAAAUGUGA